AUGAAUAUGGACGAAGAAAACGGCGAAGGAAGUACGAAGAGGAUCCAAGUUCGGUUCGUGACGAAGUUGAGCGCUCCGUUCAAAGUUCCGACCAACGCCAUCGCCAUCCCAGCCGACCUCACUCGAUUUGGCCUCUCCUCUCUCGUCAACGCACUCAUUCAAUCCAACGACGCUGAUUACGAGCCUGAACCGUUUGAUUUUUUGAUUGAUGGCGAGUUCGUGCGGAUGUCGCUCGAGCAGUUCCUUCUCGCCAAGGGAAUCUCUGCGGAAAGGAUAUUGGAAAUUGAGUACACGAGGGCUGUGGCCCCACGAAAGGAGGAAGACCCUUCUUUACAUGAUGAUUGGGUCAGUGCUGUUGAUGGUUCUUCUUCUCGGUUCUUUUUGACAGGAUGCUAUGAUGGUUUAGGGAGGGUAUGGAAAAUUGCUGGAUUAUGUACUCAUAUAUUGGAGGGACAUUGUGACGCAAUCACCUCUGUUAGUAUCAUAAAUCCAGAAGGUCUGGAAACUGUUACGUUAGCUACUGCUUCGAAAGACCAGACAUUGAGGCUAUGGAAGCUCAAUACAGACGAUCCUGUAAACCAUCCUAUGAGGGUCAGGGCAUACAAAAUCUUGCGUGGUCAUAAGUCUUCUGUACAGAGUGUUGCAGCGCAGACUUCUGGAGAAAUGGUUUGUUCUGCUUCUUGGGAUUGCACCAUCAAUAUAUGGCAAACUAAUGACUUUAAUGCAGAAGAUGACCUAGUGUCUAAGAAGAGAAAAAUUGGAGGUCAUGUUGAGGAGUCCCAAUUAGAGGGAGAGGCUUUCACUACUCUUGUUGGCCAUACACAGUGUGUAUCUUCUGUAGUUUGGCCACUACGGGAGUCAAUAUAUUCUGCAUCAUGGGAUCAUUCUAUUAGGAAAUGGGAUGUUGAGACUGGCAAAAACAUGACUGAUAUAUUCUGUGGGAAGGCUCUCAACUGCCUUGAUAUUGGUGGGGAAGGUUCUGCUUUGAUAGUUGCUGGUGGUUCUGACCCUGUCGUUAGGAUUUGGGACCCUCGUAAGCCAGGAACUUCUGCUCCAGUUUUUCAGUUUGCUUCUCAUACGUCUUGGGUUUCAGCUUGCAAAUGGCAUGACCAAUCUUGGUUUCAUUUACUUUCUGCAUCCUAUGAUGGAAAAGUUAUGUUGUGGGAUCUGAGAACUGCGUGGCCUCUUUCUGUAAUUGAAUCACACAGUGAUAAGGUAUUGUCUGCUGAUUGGUGGAAAAGUGACAGUGUUAUCAGUGGUGGCGCAGACUCCAAACUUUGCAUUUCUUCAGAAAUCCCUGUAAGGUAA